AUGACAACUUCUUCUUCUUCAACACCAUCAAUUAUUCAUUAUGAAAGAGAGGAAAAGUUAAAUAGCCAAGAAGAUAUGGUGGGUCAUCAAAUCUCUUAUAGAUCAGGUUAUUUUUGCAAUUCAAGAGGUUAUAAAUUGGUUUGUCAAGAGUGGAUACCAGAGAAUCCAAAGGGUAUCGUAUUCAUCCUACAUGGUUAUGGUGACCAUGGACAACACAUGCUCGCAGACGACGCCAAAGAAUUUGCCCGUAAGCAAUAUGCCUCCUACAUAUUCGACCAACAGGGACACGGCCUAAGCGAAGGUCUCCCUGCCUUUAUCCAAGAUUUCGAUGAUCUCAUGGAAGACUCUAUUCAAUUUAUUGACGAUAUAGCUUCAAGAUUCCCAAAACAAAAAAGAUUUGUUUAUUCGAGUUCAAUGGGAGGAGCAAUUGGAUUAUUAGUAUCAUUAAAGAAACCAGAAAUAUUUAAUGGUGGAUUAAUAUUAUUGGCACCAUUGAUAAAGUUGGAUGACCAUAUGGUACCAAAUCAAAUGAUUGUAAAUUUAUUGACAUGGGUGUCUGGUUAUUUCCCAUCGUUGCCAAUUGUACCCGGUGACAAUGUCAACGCACUCAAUAUUAAAGAUCCAAAAAAGAGAGCUGAACAUGCCAACCAUCCCUUGACAUACAAGGGACGUGCUAGACUUGGUACAGGGGUUGCCAUUCUCAAAGUUACAAGCAAACUUCAACAACAAAUGGCCAAUGUCAAUGUACCUUUGCUCAUUCUACAUGGCUCCGAAGAUAAAGUAUCUUCGCCUCUUGUAAGUCAAGAAUUAUAUAAAGUUGCUAAAAGUCAAGAUAAAUCAUUGAAAAUAUAUCCUGGAAUGUGGCAUAGUUUAACUUCUGAACCUGAAAGUGAUAUUGUUUAUGGAGAUAUAGUACAUUGGAUGGAAGAGAGAUUGUUCACCCAAACACUAAUGUCAAUCAUUACACCAGUACCAGAAUCAACUGGUGAUGCUAGUUUUUAA